AUGUUACACGGCAGACUGAGCGUGUUCGUUCGACCCGCCGUUUUCAAGCGCCAGUUUGCGAGCUUUUCACCGACCAAUGCCUCGUUCAACAUUCCCGUUAUCAACUUUGCCAAGUAUCGUUUAGCCUCUUCCGCUGAGGAGAAGAAGAGAACAGCCGACGAGAUAGUGUCAGCCUUCAAGGAGAGUGGUUUCAUUUACCUCUCGAACCACGGAAUAUCUUCUCAUGAGGUCAAAAGCACGUUCCAAAAGAGUGCAGAGUUCUUCAAAUUGCCCUCUGAAACCAAGGACAAACUCGCCUGGGAGGAUCCUCGUUCCAACCGUGGUUAUGUUGCUAUUGGUCGAGAACGUGUCACCCAGUCUGCCGAUCCAAAGGAAAUCGCGGCACUCCGAGAGAAGGCACCAGAUUUCAAGGAGACCAUGGAAAUUGGGCGGGAUUGGGACUCCGAGUGGAAGAAUCAAUGGCCUGCAGAGACAGUAGCCCCAGGCUUCAAGCAGAGGAUGUUGGACUUCUACGAGACUUGCCACGAACUCCAUGUUCACGUCAUGCGUUCGAUUGCCCUUGGGCUCGACCUUGGCGAACACUUCUUCGACAACAAGAUAGAUGAAAAAUGUCAUAAUCUGCGGCUGCUGUCUUAUCCUCCUGUCAAAACCAAUCUGCUCAAGAAUGAGGGUCAAGCGAGGGCUGGUGCUCACAGUGACUACGGCACAUUGACUCUUCUCUUCCAAGACACUGUCGGUGGAUUGGAAGUUCAAAAUCCACACACUGGCGAAUUUGUCCCGGCAACCCCAAUAGAGGACACUAUUGUCAUCAACGUGGGCGACCUUUUGGCGCGGUGGAGUAACGACGUUUUGAGAUCCACUCUACAUAGAGUGGUCGCACCUCCUGCCGAAAAGAUUAGCGAAAGCGAAGGUCUUACACCUGCUCGCCAAUCGAUUGCUUUCUUCUGCAACCCCAACUUUUCUGCCGAGGUCGCAUGCUUGCCCAACUGUGGAGACGUCGCAAAGUACCCUCCUAUCAAUACAGGAGACUACAUCGUUGGACGAUUGGCCGUGACCUACACAUGA